GACGUCAGAAUCAUUUGCAUCCCGCUGCCUCUACCUGCCUGGUCCAGCUGGGACCCUGCCUCGCCGGCCCCAUGGCCAGAGGGUUGGAGGGGCGCUGCCCGGUGACCUACACAGACUGAGACACAAUCGCCAUGAAUGGAGACCUCUGGAAAAGCUCAAGAGCCGAGGCCCACGGGGCCCAGCAGAGGCCUGAGGGGAGACCCUGGGCGGGGGCUGAAUCACUGCCUCCCGACAGCCCCCCAAUGCCCGGGCUUUGGAGGGGAGCCGGGAGCUUCCCAUCUCCUUUUGCAGGGGAGGGUUGUCAGUCUGGCAGGAUGUGCACUGGGGGCACCCCAACCCCUGCCAGCUAACCCCACAUCACCACCACCCACCCCCCAGCACCACCACCACUACACACACAAAAAAAUUGGAUACAUUUUGAAUAAAGCGAUUCGGUUCCUUAUCCGGGGACUGGGUUGCUCCGUGUGAUUGGCCGGCGGAGUCACAUGGUGAAAGUAACUUUACAGGGUCGCUAGCUAGUAGGAGGGCUUUAUGGAGCAGAAAAACGACAAAGCGAGAAAAAUUAUUUUCCACUCCAGAAAUUAAUGAUCAUGAGCUCGUAUUUGAUGGACUCUAACUACAUCGAUCCGAAAUUUCCUCCAUGCGAAGAAUAUUCGCAAAAUAGCUACAUCCCUGAACACAGUCCGGAAUAUUACGGCCGGACCAGGGAAUCGGGAUUCCAGCAUCACCACCAGGAGCUGUACCCACCACCGCCUCCGCGCCCUAGCUACCCUGAGCGCCAGUAUAGCUGCACCAGUCUCCAGGGGCCGGGCAAUUCGCGAGGCCACGGGCCGGCCCAGGCGGGCCACCACCACCCCGAGAAAUCACAGUCGCUCUGCGAGCCGGCGCCUCUCUCAGGCGCCUCCGCCUCCCCGUCCCCAGCCCCGCCAGCCUGCAGCCAGCCAGCCCCAGACCAUCCCUCCAGCGCCGCCAGCAAGCAACCCAUAGUCUACCCAUGGAUGAAAAAAAUUCACGUUAGCACGGUGAACCCCAAUUAUAACGGAGGGGAACCCAAGCGCUCGAGAACAGCCUACACCCGGCAGCAAGUCCUGGAAUUAGAGAAAGAGUUUCAUUACAACCGCUACCUGACCCGAAGGAGAAGGAUCGAGAUCGCCCACUCGCUGUGCCUCUCUGAGAGGCAGAUCAAAAUCUGGUUCCAAAACCGUCGCAUGAAAUGGAAGAAGGACCACCGACUCCCCAACACCAAAGUCAGGUCAGCACCCCCGGCCGGCGCUGCGCCCAGCACCCUUUCGGCAGCUACCCCGGGCACUUCUGAAGACCACUCCCAGAGCGCCACGCCGCCGGAGCAGCAACGGGCAGAGGACAUUACCAGGUUAUAAAACAUAACUCACACCCCUGCCCCCACCCCAUGCCCCCACCCUCCCCUCACACACAAAUUGACUCUUAUUUAUAGAAUUUAAUAUAUAUAUAUAUAUAUCGGUUCUUUUCUCUCUUCCUCUCACCUUGUCCCUUGUCAGUUCCAAACAGACAAAACAGAUAAACAAACAAGCCCCCUGCCCUCCUCUGCCUUCCACUGUUAAGGACCCUUUUAAGCAUGUGAUGUUGUCUUAGCAUGGUACCUGCUGGGUGUUUUUUUUUUUUUUUUUUUUAAGGCCAUUUGGGGGGUUAUUUAUUUUUUAAGAAAAAAACUGCAAAAAAUAUAUAUUGCAAGGUGUGAUAGUCUGGUUUGGGUGAAUUUCAGGGGAAAUGAGGAAAAGAAAAAAGGAAAAAGAUUUUAAAGCCAAUUCUCAUCCUUCUCCUCCUCCUUCUUCCCCCCUCUUUCCUUAGGCCUUUUGCAUUGAAAAUGCACCAGGGGAGGUUAGUGGGGGGGAAGUCAUUUUAAGGAGAACAAAGCUAUGAAGUUCUUUUGUAUUAUUGUUGGGGGGUGUGCGGGAGGAGAGGGGGCAAAGACAGCAGACAAAGCUAAAUGCAUCUGGAGAGCCUCUCAGAGCUGUUCAGUUUGAGGAGCCAAAAGAAAAUCAAAAUGAACUUUCAGUUCAGAGAGGCAGUCUAUAGGUAGAAUCUCUCCCCACCCCCAUCGUGGCUAUUGUGUUUUUGGACUGAAUUUACUUGAUUAUUGUAAAACUUGCAAUAAAGAAUUUUAGUGUUGAUGUGAAAUGCCCCGUGAUCAAUAAUAAACCAGUGGAUGUGAAUUAGUUUUA